AUGCCUGAUCUAGGCGCACUCGUCGACUCGUCGAUGAACAAGCUAGCCUCUAUUGAGGAUCGGAUCAAUAGUUCAACUUUUGGUCGAGUCUUCCGCCUAGAUGGCUCUGGUCAUCCCAAAACCGUUCGGGGUUCCUCUUUCUUCCGAGAGAUUCGCGCCGGCUUGACUACUUUCGCGACCAUGGCAUACAUUGUUGCUGUCAAUAAGGCUGCUGUUCUCGCAGACUCUGGAGGGACAUGCGAAUGUCCUCCGGGAACCGAGCCGGGUUGUCCCGGUGAUCUUAAUUAUGCCAACUGUCAAGCAGUGCUGAAGCGCGAUUUGAUCACGGCUACUGCCGCUAUUGCAGGCCUUGCCAGUAUCCUUUUCGGCUUCCUUACAAACCUGCCUGUUGCUCUCGGACCAGGUAUGGGCCUCAAUGCCUACUUCACGUACCAAGUUGUCGGCUGGCACGGCACCGGCAAGGUCCCUUAUCGGAUUGCUCUUACUGCCAUCUUUGUGGAGGGCUUUAUCUUCAUAUUCCUGGCUCUUACUGGAAUGCGACAGUGGCUAGUCCGCAUGAUACCGGCUACUAUCAAGACUGCGUGUGGUGUCGGAAUUGGCCUGUUCCUUACAGAGAUCGGAUUGUCCUAUUCAGCAGGCAUUGGUGCCAUCACGGGAGGCUUCUCUACCCCCCUUGCGAUUGGAGGAUGCCCCGCCGAGUACCUUGAUUCUAAGGGUGAAUGUGCUAGUCACAUCAUGGAGAAUCCUGGGAUGUGGAUCGGUAUUUUCAUUGGUGGCAUUUUUGUGGCGUUUUUGAUGGCCUUCAAAGUCAAGAGUGCCAUUAUCAUCGGCAUUGGAAUCGUAUCCAUCAUGUCUUGGCCUCGUAAUACACCAUUCACCUAUUUCCCUUACACCGAAGCUGGCGAAGAACGGUUCCAGUUCUUCAAACAGGUUGUCGCAUUCCAUCCGAUCGAGUCUGUCUUGAAUGUCAACGAGUGGAAUCUUUCCGGCGCCAACGGUGCUCAGUUCGCCCUAGCACUCAUUACUUUUCUCUACGUUGACAUCAUCGAUUGUACUGCAACCCUAUACUCGAUGGCCAAGUUCUGUGGUGUAGUGAGAGAUGAUGGCGAUUUCCCUCGCUCGACUAUUGCUUACUGCACUGAUGCCUUCAUGAUCUCGAUCGGUUCCCUCUUUGGUUGUUCGCCCACUACCGCAUUCAUCGAGAGUGGCGCAGGAAUUGCAGAAGGAGGUCGAACUGGACUGACCGCUAUUUCCGCCGGCGUUUGCUUCUUAAUCUGUCUCUUCUUUGCCCCAAUCUUAGCCUCUGUUCCGCCUUGGGCCACGGGAUCGACCUUGAUUCUGGUCGGCUGUCUGAUGAUCCGUCAAGUCAUCAACAUCAACUGGCAGUACAUUGGUGAUGCUGUGCCGUCUUUUAUUACGCUGGCCUUUAUGCCUUUCAGCUACAGCGUCGCCUAUGGCCUUAUUGCGGGAAUGAUGGUUUAUGUCGUCCUCAACACUAUGAUCUGGGUUGUUGUAAGACUCACCAAGGGCAGAGUCGUUCCAUCGAACUGGCACGAGAAAGAGGUCUAUGACUGGGGAAUGGCAUCAAGGGAUGUUCCUGGAUGGAUGAAGAGCAUCCAGCGACGAAUUCUGCCUACCCGCUUCCACAUAGACGACACGAAGGACGACGUGGAACUGGUUGACAAUGAUAGCGCCAUAAAUGCCGCCAACUCUAUUUCGCGAAGCAACUCGGCCGAAGACAACAAGGACGUGCACAUUGUGGAGAGUCAAGUCCACCCCAACGCCCACAUCAGCCACAUCAGCCACGCGUACUCACAUCCUCACGCUCAGCCCCAAGUUCAGCCUCAACCCUACCCUCACACACAGCAGGCUCCUCCCCAGGUUCACCAUCCCCAGGCUCAUCAUCCCCAGACUCACCAACCUCAGAGUCAGACUCAAGCUCAGGGACAACCUCGAUCUCGUGAUCACGAUCUACCCUCUCUUGAUUAA